GCGUGCCUACGUCAUGGCGCCAAAGAGCAUGCGCCUCGGGAGCGCGCUUUACGCUAGUAGUCAGUCAAACGUGCUGAUUUUGAAGCUCCGAAACCAAAGCGAUAACCGGACUGUAUUUCCUCUGUCCAGCUGGAAGCCGGUCUUUACGGCCCCGUGGCGGUAGUCCCGAGCGUUCUCUAUUAAUCAGCCUUCAUUUAUUUUGCACUCCAGUAGAGGAAGGGUCAUUUUUCAUUCGCCGUCAGAGGUUUUCAUUGCGUGCCAAACUCUCUGCUGACGCGUCAGAAACCAGAUUAAAGCCACACGAGCAGUUCUGAGCUCAAAUCAGCUGUUUUCAGGAGAUAUUAGCACUGAAUGCACACCAUCACCACUGCAUGUGCUGUCCAGAUUAAACCAUCUCUCGUCCGGUGAGCACAGAGGGGUCGUAGAUCACACACACACACACACAGAGGGGUAGUAGAUCACACACACACACACACAGUCUCGUGGCGAUGCAUCGGGCCGUGUGCUCUCCUCCGUGCACCGUGAGCUGAGUCGCUCCACCCGUCUCCGCCGCAGGACCCCGGAGCCGUCACCCUGUCGGAGCCGCCGCAGCCGCGGGAAGCCAUGGCCUCGUCCGUGCGCUUCACCGUCACACCGACCCGAGCUGAGGACCUGCCGGACACGUCUCCAGACAUCAGCUCUCGCUCCAGCAGAGUCCGCUUUGGCUCCAGGGAGAGCGUGAACCGCAGCGAGACGUCCGCAGGAGUCACCACCUCCGCAGGGGCCGACACACCGGAGCGCAGUCACCUGGAGCACGGUGACGGCGGUGUGAAGCUGUCCAGUGCUUACAUCAAUAACUCUCACGCCAUUGAUGACGAUGAUUUCUACGACAGGAAUCUGGCUCUGUUUGAGGAGGAGAUGGACACUCGUCCCAAAGUGUCGUCUCUGCUCAAUCGUCUGGCGAACUACACAAACCUCAUGCAGGGAGCUAAAGAGCACGAGGAGGCCGAGAGCAUCGGAGAGAAGCGCAAGAGCAGCAAGUCUCCUCAGAUGGGCACCUUCAUGGGCGUGUAUCUGCCGUGCCUGCAGAACAUCUUCGGGGUGAUUCUGUUCCUCAGACUGACGUGGGUCGUGGGGACGGCCGGAGUCCUGCAGGCGCUGUGUAUCGUCUUCAUCUGCUGCUGCUGCACGCUGCUGACUGCGAUAUCUAUGAGUGCCAUCGCUACUAAUGGAGUCGUGCCAGCGGGCGGCUCGUACUUCAUGAUCUCUCGAUCUCUGGGGCCUGAGUUCGGGGGGGCCGUGGGCUCCUGUUUCUAUCUGGGCACCACCUUCGCCGGCUCCAUGUACAUCCUGGGGGCCAUCGAGAUCCUGCUGAUGUACAUCGCUCCGAGCGCGGCCAUCUUCGUCUCGGACGGUCCUGACGGCGAGGCGGGGGCCAUGCUGAACAACAUGCGCCUCUACGGCUCCCUGUUCCUGCUGCUCAUGUGUCUGCUGGUGUUCGUGGGAGUCAAAUACGUCAACAAGCUGGCGUCGGUGUUCCUGGCCUGUGUGAUCGUGUCCAUCCUGUCCAUCUACACCGGAGCGCUGGUGUCCGCCUUCAGCCCGCCCUCCUUCCCCGUGUGCAUGCUGGGAAACAGGAGUCUGUCUCAGCACGAGCUGAAGGACGGUCUCUGUGUGAAGACGCUGCUAGUGCCUCCGCCGCUGGAGGCUGCUAACGCUAGCGAGAGCUUCAACAGCACAGACACUCCUCUCGCUCCGGAGACAACCUCAGACCUGUGGAGGCACUUCUGCAACAGCUCCGAGCUCAGCGCCGUGUGCGACGACUACUUCCUGCACAACAACGUGACGCAGAUCCAGGGCAUCCCGGGGCUCUCCAGCGGCGUGAUCGCAGACAACAUCUGGAGCUCGUACUCGGCUAAAGGAGACGUCCUGGAGCGCGGCUCGCAUCACUCCGCCCACAGAGACGCCGUGUCCAAUCACUUCCCUUAUGUGUUCGCUGACAUCACCACCUCCUUCACGCUGCUGAUCGGGAUCUUCUUCCCCUCCGUCACCGGAAUCAUGGCGGGAUCCAACCGCUCUGGAGAUCUGAAGGACGCCCAGCGCUCCAUCCCCAUCGGCACCAUCCUGGCCAUCCUCACCACCUCCCUCGUCUAUCUGAGCUGCGUGCUGCUGUUUGGAUCCUGUGUGGAGGGCGUCGUUCUCCGAGACAAGUUCGGAGACUCGGUGAAGGGGAAUCUAGUGGUCGGGACGCUCUCGUGGCCCUCCCCCUGGGUGAUCGUGAUUGGCUCGUUUUUCUCCACGUGUGGCGCCGGCCUCCAAUCACUGACCGGAGCUCCUCGCCUGCUGCAGGCCAUCGCUAAAGACAACAUCAUCCCCUUCCUGCGGGUGUUCGGUCACGGUAAGGCUAACGGGGAGCCGACAUGGGCUCUUCUCCUUACUGCAGUUCUGGCGGAGCUGGGGAUCCUCAUCGCUUCACUGGACCUCGUCGCUCCCAUUCUCUCCAUGUUCUUCCUGAUGUGUUACCUGUUUGUGAAUCUGGCCUGUGCUCUGCAGACGCUGCUCAGGACGCCCAACUGGAGACCACGCUUCUCCUACUACCACUGGACGCUGUCGUUUCUAGGCAUGAUAAUCUGUCUGGCUCUCAUGUUCAUUUCCUCGUGGUACUAUGCCAUUGUUGCCAUGGUGAUCGCCGGCAUGAUCUACAAGUACAUCGAGUACCACGGGGCGGAGAAGGAGUGGGGUGAUGGGAUCAGAGGUCUGUCUCUCAGUGCGGCUCGGUUCGCUCUGCUCCGGCUGGAGGAAGGUCCACCGCACACCAAGAACUGGAGGCCUCAGCUGCUGGUGUUGCUGAAGCUGGAUGAAGACGCUCACGUCAAACAUCCACGUCUGCUGACCUUCGCCUCUCAGCUCAAAGCAGGGAAGGGUCUGACCAUCGUGGGGACCGUCAUCCCGGGGAACUUCCUGCAGACCUACGGCGAGGCUCUGGCCGCCGAGCAGACGCUCAAGCAUCUGAUGGAGAAGGAGCGCGUGAAGGGCUUCGUCCAGUGCAUCGUGACACAGAAGCCGCGCGAGGGCAUCAGUCACAUGAUCCAGUCCAGCGGUUUGGGCGGCAUGCGGCACAACACUGUGGUCAUGGGCUGGCCGGACGCCUGGAGACAGAGCGAAGACCCUCAGAGCUGGAAGACCUUCAUCAACACGGUACGGGUCACCACCACGGCUCAUCUGGCUCUUCUGGUGCCCAAGAACAUCUCUCUGUUCCCCAGUAACUCUGAGCCGUGCACUGAAGGCUUCAUCGACGUGUGGUGGAUCGUCCACGACGGAGGGAUGCUGAUGCUGCUGCCCUUCCUGCUGCGCCAGCACAAGGUGUGGAGGAAGUGCUCCAUGAGGAUCUUCACCGUGGCUCAGAUGGAAGACAACUCCAUCCAGAUGAAGAAGGAUCUGGCCACGUUCCUGUAUCACCUGCGCAUCGAUGCCUACGUGGAGGUGGUGGAGAUGCACGACAGUGACAUCAGUGCGUACACGUACGAGCGGACGCUGAUGAUGGAGCAGAGGUCACAGAUGCUGAGGCAGAUGCGUCUCUCCAAGUCUGACCGUGAGAAAGAGGCGCAGCUGGUCAAGGACAGGAACUCAAUGCUGCGUCUGACCAGCAUCGGCUCGGACGAGGACGAGGACACGGACGGCGCAGGAGACCGCAGCGCAGAGUACAGACGUGUUCACAUGACCUGGACCAGAGACAAGGCCCUGCAGCUGAGGAGCAACACACACACACACACACACACGGCCUCGGCCUGCAGCACCCCCGAGGGCUUCAGAGACAUGCUCAACAUACGCCCAGAUCAGUCCAAUGUGCGGCGGAUGCACACCGCUGUCAAACUCAACGAGGUGAUCGUCAACAAAUCCCAUGAUGCCCGGCUGGUCCUGCUCAACAUGCCCGGGCCGCCCAAGAACCCCGAGGGGGACGAGAACUAUAUGGAGUUCCUGGAGGUGCUGACCGAGGGUCUGGAGCGAGUGCUGCUGGUCCGAGGAGGAGGAAGUGAGGUCAUCACCAUCUACUCCUGAGAGCAGCGCCAUCAUCAUCAUCAUCAUCACCCGCCUCCCGUGUGUGUGUGUGUGUGUGUGUGUGUGUGAGACGGACGGCACGCCGGGGAGGACAUGUUCCUCAGACUGACUCAGGACUACAGCCCUCAUACUGGACCAAGUGUGUGUGUGUGUGUGUGUGUGAGAACAUCAGCAGUUCUGAGGGAUGUCUGUUUCCUCCACAGGGAGAGAAGAAAAGGGAAUAUGCACCUUUAUAUCUCAUAAUUUGACCUUUUCUGAGUUAAUGUCUGGAUUCUGAGAAGACGAGUCAGAGCAGACAGAUCUAAACUCUGAAAAAGCCUGAAUUGUGAGAUUAUUGAGAGAAAAGUUGUAAUUACCUUCUUCUUUUUGUUUUAUUCUGUGACAGAAGACACAAAUUGUGCGACGUGAACUCAGAAUUAUAAGGGAUCUUUCAGUUAGUUUCCUGAACUGUGUUAUUGACUCACGGUUGUGUUGCAGAACGACUCAAACUGGGAGAUGAAGGCUACGAAUGAGAGAUAACGGGACGUGUGCAUGUUCUCCUGCAGAGCUGCUGUGUGUUAGAAACAUGACCAGAAGAAGAGAAGUCAGCUGCUCUGACAGAGCUUGUGUGUGUGUGCGUGUGUGUGUGUGUGUGUGUGUGUGUGUGUGUGUGUGUGGAGCAGGUCUGGAGGAACAGAGCGAGUGAUGCUUGUGUUUCAUCUGCAUGGAGAAUCUGACAACAGCAAUAUCUCUCUCUCUCUCUCUUCAUCAUCGUCCUGUGACCCGUGAACACACACACAUCCCUGCAUCCAGCCACUCAUCACUUUCAUGGAUAUAUUUUUUAUUGUUUUGAGUUUUUAUCAUCGGUCGCUUCUGUCUGUAUGUGCAGGGAUUGUGAAUUUGUUUUCUUGUCAUGUUUUGAAAUCUUAAGUGUUGUAUCUUCUGUUUUUAUCAGCUGGAAUAAUAAAAGGACAGUAAUACGUCUCUUUUAAAACAGCAAA